AUGGCGCCCAAGCCCAAGUACCCCUUCCCCACAGUGGACGUGCCCGACCACGCCCACUACACCAUCGGCUCCGUCAUCCUCGCCGUCGGCAUCACCGGCAUGAUCGGCAACUUCCUGGUCAUAUACGCCUUCUGCAAAAGUCGCAGCCUGCGGACGCCGGCCAACAUGUUCAUCAUCAACCUGGCGAUCGCAGACCUGCUGAUGUGUGUCACCCAGACGCCCACCUUCUUCAUCACCAGCAUGCACAGGAGGUGGAUCUUUGGAGAGAAAGGUUGCGAGCUGUACGCGUUCUGCGGCGCUCUCUUCGGGAUCUGCUCCAUGAUCACGCUGACGGUGAUCGCUGUCGACCGCUACUUCGUUAUCACGCGACCUCUGACCUCCAUCGGGGUGUUGUCACGAAAACGGGCCCUCGUCGUCAUCAUGGCGGCGUGGUUGUACUCCCUGGGCUGGAGCCUGCCGCCGUUCUUCGGCUGGAGUGCCUACGUCCCGGAGGGCCUGCUCACUUCCUGUUCGUGGGACUACAUGACCUUUACCCCGUCGGUGCGAGCGUACACUAUGCUGCUCUUCAUCUUCGCCUUCUUCCUGCCGCUCUUCAUCAUCAUCUACUGCUACCUCUUCAUCUUCCGCGCCAUCCGCAACACCAACCGGGCCGUGGGGAAGACAAACGGCAGCAUUCACAGUCAUGGCAGCGGUCGAGACUCCCACCGGAUGCACAAUGAGUGGAAAAUGGCAAAGAUCGCUCUGAUUGUCAUCCUGCUCUACGUCAUCUCCUGGUCGCCGUACUCCGCCGUUGCUCUCACCGCCUUCGCCGGGUACGCAGACAUAUUGACUCCCUACAUGAACUCUGUGCCCGCCGUCAUCGCCAAGGCCUCGGCCAUCCACAACCCCAUCAUCUACGCCAUCACGCACCCGAAAUACAGGUUAGCGUUAGCCAAGUACAUCCCAUUCCUCGGCGCCUUGCUCUGCAUCCGUCCUCGUGACCUCCGCUCGGCCAGCAGCAGCUUCAUGUCGACGCGUCGCUCCACGGUGACCAGCCAGACCUCCGACAUCAGCAGCCAGUUCAGGCGGCAGAGCAACGGCAAGUCCCGCCUCUCCUCCGUCUCCGACAGCGAAUCGGGUUUGACGGACACUGAAGCUGACCUGUCCAGCAUGGGCUCCAGACCAGCCAGCCGCCAGGUCUCCUGUGACAUCAGCAGAGACACCGCCGAGCUCCCCGAAAUCAAACCCUCCUUCAGCUUCAAGUCCAAGAUGAAGAGCCACGACUCGGGCAUCUUCGAAAAGAUGUCCGGUGACACUGAUAUCUCCAUGGCAGGAGUCAGUGAACGCGGCAGCAUCCCAAACAGCGGGGAUCUUGCAGAGGGACACGUGACGAGAAGCACGAUUGGUCGAAUCCCGAGCAUCGUCGUCACCUCUGAGUCCAGCCCCUUUCUUCCCAUCAGUCGAAAAGGUUCCAGCACUGCCCGCUCCAAGACAGCCAACAACACAAAGGCGGGGUCUGGGUAGAGCCCCGCCCCCUCCAGCUGAUCACCUGCAGCCACCUGACCAGCUCACGUCCAGUCAGAUAAUUAGAAGUGUAGAGUUCAAACACACCUGAAGAACACAAGAAAGCCAUUUGAUCAAAGCAAACAUGACGGUGUUGGGUACGGUGGGGACUACGUCAAAGAUUUAUUGGUAGUGGACAGAAUUACUCCUGAUAAAUGUCAAAGAACGGCUGUAGCCAUGAUUAAUAUAGACUGCGACCAGUACCAACUGAACCAAACAGCACUUAUAUUUUUGUCCCAACUAACGUGUAUUAGGUGUUAAGUUGUCAAGAAGACUGUAAUAUGAAAA